UGUCUGUCUGUCUGUCUGUCUGUCUCCGUUUAGUUUUCUUUUCUCCGUCCCCGGCCCCGCCGCCACCCCUCUUUGUCUCCAGAUGGCCAUGAAUGCUAAAACGACGACGUUGGCGGAUUUUGAUCCUCCGCUGAAACCAAAGAGGAACAAGUUCGCUUUCGUCUGUGCUACCAUGGCUUCCAUGACCUCCGUCCUACUUGGUUAUGAUAUUGGAGUGAUGAGUGGGGCCGUAAUCUACAUCAAGGAUCAGUUCAAAAUCUCCGACGUCCAAGUUGAGCUCCUCGUCGGCCUUCUCAACAUCUACUCCUUGAUCGGCUCCGCCGCUGCAGGCAGAACCUCCGACUGGAUCGGUCGCCGUUGGACCAUCGUCAUAGCCGCCACUAUUUUCUUCGCCGGCGCUCUCCUCAUGGGGUUCGCCACCAGCUACGCCUUCCUCAUGGUCGGCCGUUUCGUCGCCGGCAUUGGUGUCGGCUACGGCUGCAUGAUCGCCCCCGUCUACACCGCCGAGCUCGCCCCCGCCGCCUCCCGUGGUUUCCUCACUUCCUUCCCUGAGGUUUUCAUUAAUGUGGGGAUUUUGUUAGGCUACGUGUCGAACUACGGAUUCUCAAAGCUGGCGGCGAACAUAGGGUGGAGAUUCAUGCUCGGAAUCGGGGCGGUUCCGUCAAUCUUGUUAGCUCUCAGCGUUCUAGCCAUGCCAGAAUCGCCACGUUGGUUGGUGAUGCAAGGGCGACUCGCGGAUGCUAGGCGCGUGCUGGAAAGAACUUGCAGCACUACCGAAGAAGCCCAGCUCCGACUAAAUGAAAUCAAGGAUGCUGCUGGAAUCCCGGGGAACUGCAACGACGAUGUCGUCCGAGUAAACAAACGAAAAAACAAUGGAGAAGGUGUGUGGAAGGAGCUUAUAGUCCACCCGACGCGCCCCGUGCGUCACAUCCUAAUGUGCGCCCUGGGCAUCCACUUCUUCCAACAGUGCGCUGGCCUAGACGCGGUCGUUUUGUAUAGCCCCAGAAUCUUCGAAAAGGCCGGACUCAACGGCAACAACGAGAAGCUCCUCGCCACGGUGGCCGUCGGGGUGGUGAAGACAACGUUCAUCCUCGUAGCCACGUUCCUUCUGGAUCGGGUGGGGAGGCGGCCUCUGCUCCUAGGUAGCUUUGCUGGGAUGAUUACGUCGCUAGCGACACUAGGGAUGAGUCUGACGGUGAUCGGGCAGGAUCCGACUCGAAAGGUAAAGUGGGCGGUGGGGCUCUGCAUAUCGACGGUGCUCUCUACGGUGGCAUUUUUUUCAAUCGGUGCGGGACCCAUCACGGGGGUGUACAGCACAGAGAUUUUCCCGCUGCGGUUGCGGGCCCAGGGGCUUAGCAUGGGGAUUGCCACUAAUCGGGUGGUGAGCGGCGUCAUCUCCAUGACCUUUUUGUCGCUUUACAAGGCAAUCACUAUUGGGGGUGCCUUCUUCUUGUUUGCUGGGAUCUCUACCAUUGGAUUCUUCUUCUUCUACAUGUUUUACCCCGAGACGCAAGGGAAAACGCUGGAGGAAAUCGAAGGGCUUUUCGGGAGUUUUAUUAAUUGGAGGACUGCUAAUUUGGAUUUGAAGGCAGCUGCCCCUAGUGGGAACAUGGAAAAAGACGACUAUGAUGACAAGGAUAAGAACAACAAUUACAAGAAUGACAACAUCCAGUUGGCAAGUAAAGACUAGGUUUCUUCAUUACUAAUUACAUAUAUGGCGAUAGUAAUUCAAGUGUGUGAAAUAAAUAUGGAAAUGAAGAAGAAAAGAAAAUAAUAGGUGAUUGUUAAGAAUUGUUUGUGGCGGGUCCGAUCAAAAAACAAACCGUCGGUUCGGUUGGACUAAUAUAGAGUUAGUCAAUCGACCUGUCUAUUCCUGCAAUCUACCAAACUAUCCUUUUGGAAUAUGGCAUAGCUUUAUGAUUCUCGACCUUUGUUGUAUCCGGUCAUGUAUCCUAAAUAAUAGUAAUGGAAGUUUUUGAAAUAGCGAGUGACGAUCCUAACUAAUACUGUUAAGUUCUAAUAUCAAUAAAGGUAUUGUAGCUUCCACUUUAU